UUUAAAUAGGCCAGACCAAAAUGAUUUCGUUCUCAGUUUUACCUAGACCUUUUCAGCAUGAUCAAGUGGAAGUUAUUCGCCCUUGCCGUUCUUCAUUUUCAACUCUCGUGGGCCAUUAGGGCAUUCCAUGGUCACUGUCCCGAUAAUAUGACUGCUGUUGCUGAUUUGGAUAUGAAUCGCUUCAAGGGAAAGUGGUACACCCACUCAAUAUAUCCUCCCCUCUCGUUGAAAGUGGCCAAAUGCCAAUCGACGGAGUUCGUAGAGCUGCCCGGGCGUAAAUUUCUUGUUAAGAAUCGCGAACUGAGCGGCCAAACUGGUACAGUAAGAAAAAGGAAAGCCGCCAUUUUAAAAAUAGAGCCCAAAUAUGGAAGGUAUAUUUUGGACACAAAGAAUCCAGCAUUUCCUGAGGGCGUUCUGCUUUACGUACUGGAUACCGACUAUAGCAACUUUGCCAUACGCUUCAUGUGCUUCGAUUCCAGUAACAUUUUCAGUUUUCAUUGGGCUGUUAUCCAGACCCGAAAACGUUUGCCGAGUGCGGAUAUUAUCUAUAUGGCUCAGUACUAUGCACAAAAAGCAGGUCUGGUCAUAAGCGAUUUGGGUAAAGUUCCCCAGGAGUCGUGUCCUUCAGAUACUUAAAAAUGUUUAACUUUGUUAAAAAAAAGUAAAAUAUUAUAUUCUAAUUUAUUAACACCAUAUCCAAUUGAUUCAAGAUCAUAAAAGUCUCACAGUCAUGCCUUGAUUACCAUUUAUAAGUGGAUAAUAGUUUUUCAUUUUAUUCUAUGCCUCCAAUAUUAAAAGCAAAAAUA